CCCGGCCCCGCCCGCGCCUGAGGGCCUGGUAGCCCCGGAGCCGAGCCGGGGACCAUGGUCGGGGUGCUGGCCGUGGCCGCGGCCGCGGGUCCGCCGCGAGCGCCCGGGAAGGACUUGGACAUCCAGCCAUGCAAGAAGCAAAGGAAAGAAGAUGAUGGAUCUUCCUGUAAAACCAUUACUGAAUAUAUGUCACCAAUAAGGAAGACUGGGGACAAAGUUUUCUCCCCACCCAAAUCUAAUAACAUCUUGGAUUAUUUUAAAAGGACUUCACCCAUAAAUGAAAAGCCUUCUGUGGCUAAAGAGUGUAAAACACAGUCAUCUAAACCAUUGCAUGUUGAUGAUAGCAAAGAAUGGAACCCACCUUUGAACAGUCCUUCCCAUGUAGAGCCUAAGUCACGGGGAAAGAGAAUUAAUUUAUCUCAACAACUGGAUGAUAUUAAAAAUUUGGAAAAUGAACCCAUAAUAAUUAGUAGUGAUGACAGCAGAGAAGAAAUGAGCUUAAAUAAUGUUUUUGUGGGCAGUGAAAGUGAUACUUCUGCUUUACUUACUCAGAAAAAUGUAGAGCCCUUCUCAGAAGGUAGUUACCGUAACAGAAAGCAGUCAAGCACAAUAUCCUCCCAAAAAGACCGAAAGAAAGCAAACACUGAACAAAGUGCUACAAAAAACGACUAUAAAAAGUUAAGGAAAAGGAAACACAAAGAUGAUAAAGGCCCAACUAGAAAUUUAUCAUUAGGAAAAGAAUCUGGCCAACAAUCCAGAAAAGAGCCCAAGGACAAUAAGCAAGGAACUGAUGAAGUUGUGGAUCCUGUAAGUGAUUCCAGCCCUGGGGUUCAUGUGUCUGAAACAGCCCCGGUAAAUGAGAAGACAGUAACUGUGUCCUAUGAAGAAUUUUUAAGAAGUCAGGAAGAAAACACAGUGGAACACAUAGGAGGAUCAAAAACGUUAACUUGUAGUCCUGAUACUGCUGAUGAAGGGGAUCAAAGCGGUAACACUGGUGAUCCUGAAACCUGUGAAAGUUCCCAGCCCCUGCCCCUUAAAACAGUGACUGUUCUAGCACAAAUCCAUGCUAUGCCACCAAAGCCUACUUCAAGGAUAAAGGAGAAAAGGGCUAUGAAAAUACCAUCAAUUUUCUUGAAACAAAAGGAGAGUGAGAUUGGAAAUAAUCUUCCUGAGUCUGAAAAUGAACAGACAGUUCAGAAAAGAAAAUCCAAUGUUGUCAUAGCAGAGGAAGAAUUAGAAUUGGCUGUGUUAGAUGCCGGAGGCCCUGACGCCAUAAAACCAAAAUGUACUGUGGAAGAAAGACAACAGUUCAUGAAUGCUUUUAGGCAACCUUCACUUGAAACUAUUAAAAAUGGAGUCGAGAAACCCUUGGAAAGACAGAAAGAUGCUCAGGAAAAAUCCUCAAAAGAGGAAGAAGGCAAAGAUCUCUCAGUUAAAGUAACAGAAUGUCCUAAAAUGCAGAAAGAUUCAAAUAAUGACAGUUCACAGCCUUGUAAUCCUAAAAGAAACCCGGCCAAAGGAAAGAGGGAAAAGCUUCAGAAAAAGGAUGAGAGAAGAUUGCCUACUCAGGAUGCUACUAAGGAAGAAAGUACUUCAUGUGAUGUAAAUAUUAAGCAAAGUCCAAGUAGCAUCAGAAGAAGUUUGAGACAAAAGAAAACUGAAGUUUCCAAAAGCACUCUCUCCCUAAGCAUUACAAACUCCAUUUCUGAAGACAUCUCAGACUCUGGUCCUAUACAAGUUUCUACUCCCAAAGCCAGCAGUAAAUCAUCAAGAAAAAUCACUACACCAGCAAAGGGUGUCAGAGUUACAUAUCCUAAGGAUAUCUUAGAUGAUAGCCUGGUAAAUGAUUUCACUCCAAAAUCGAUCCGAAAAUCUUCCCGAAAAAACAUGAUAAUGAUUGGAGAUAGGGAUUCUGAAGAUGGGGAAGUCAACAGUCCUGGAAAGGUUUCUACUAAAGCAGCUGACAGCACAUCUUUGGAACAGCAUGGCUUGUAUAUGGCCGAAUUGAUAACAGUGCCCUUUGAUUCAAAAAGCCCUAUUAGGAUGAAAUUUACCAGAAUUAGUUCACCCCGAAAAUUCAAGAAAACUGAAACAGAUGAAGAUUUUACUCCCAAGAGUAGAAAGGCAAGCAACAUUUCUAAAAACAUAUCAAAAGCAAAGCAGUUGAUUGAAAAAGCCAAGGCCAUACAGCAGAGCAAGUCAAAGGUGAAUGAAGAAAGGCCGGCCCCUCUGAGGCGUUCCUCCAGACAGCAGGUUCUCAUUGAAAGGAAAAGGUUAUUGGAGAGAGAUGUCAGUGUGCUCCAGAGAUGUACUGACACAAAUGGCGUACGCUGGGAGGAGAGACCUCGUAAGGAUUCAGUUAUAAUUAUAGAUUCAAGCCCUGCUUCUUCACAGAAUGCAGAGAACAAACAGAAGGAAAUUCAGUGUUUGAAUGAUGUACUGGGGAAAAAAGUUAACAAGACUACGAAGAAUUUACCUGGAAAAAUAAAAGUGGCUCCUCUAUUCCUGGCCAAAAAACCUCAGAAAACAGCUGAACCUAUUGUGAUUUUCGAUGACAACAGUCAAGAUGCAUCUGAAAACUCCCAGGAUGAUGAGCAAUUUAAAGCGAAGCGUGAGUUUCUUAUGAGCGGCUUGCCAGAUUCAUUGAAACGCCAUAUCGCAAAGAAAGCAGCUGCCUUAGAAGCCUACUCUGCCAUAAGUUCCUGCUUCCAGACAGUUGUUCAUAUACAGCAGCGAGACAACUGGAACCGUUUGUGGAGCUUGAAACCCCCUUCAUGCCUUCUCUUAACUGAUCUCAAAGACCUGAAUACCAGUGUGACUGAUGUCACUAAACAAGUCAUUGCCCUUGGUGAAUUUUCGGCUUUGAAUUCCAGACCCAGCACCAAUAAUUCUACAGUUAGGUUAUUGGGAGCAAGAAAAGAUUUUACAGAAGAAAUAAAGAAGAUUUUGCUGGAGGAAAUUAGUAGGUCAAAUCCUCAAUUUCCUUUAAAAAGAUUUUUUACACAGUUUUUUAAAAAGCGAACUGAGCACCAGGUACUUUUUGGAUGUCAGAGUAAACAAGGACAUCCACAAAUAAAACCCAUUGACAGUCAAAGGGAAGCCAAGAGGAAAAGAGUAGAGAGUGAAAACCACAAAUCAAAAAGAAGAAAGCCAGGUGAUUGUGAUCAAGGCCUACUGAGGAAAGAUUUACCUGAGGGGCCUGCCCCCAGCAGAAGGUGGGGCACUGGCACACCCGAGGGCAAGCUGGAGUCUGGCCAAGGACAGCUUUCCAGGACCUCCAAGAAAAAGCAGGUGGCUUUGGGAAGUGUGAUGUGUAAGGAGGAAAUGGACACAGCCCAGGAUUCCGAUGUGGUGAUAAUAGAUGAAGAUAAGGAAUUUCCAUCAGAGGCAAUAUCCGACUCUGAGUCUGGAAUCGAGGACAUGCUCUGGACAGAAAAGUACCAACCUCAGGAUUCCAGUGAACUCAUAGACAAUGAAAUAGCAAUUCAGAAGUUACACAGUUGGUUGAAAGACUGGAAAAGAAGAGCUGAAUUGGAGGAAAAAGGAAAUUUGAAAGUCAGAAGUGAUGACAAAGAGCAAGAUCUCUCAUUCAGCAUGGACUUUAAGGACAUUUCUGAUGAUGAGGAAGAAAAUUCUCUUUGUAAUACUGUUCUUAUCACGGGGCCACCAGGAGUGGGGAAGACAGCUGCAGUUUAUGCUUGUGCUCAAGAGCUUGGCUUUAAGAUUUUUGAAGUUAAUGCUUCUUCCCAACGCAGUGGUAGACAAAUUCUCUCUCAACUCAAAGAAGCUACUCAGUCUCAUCAAGUCGACAAGCAGGGUGUAAAUUCACACAAGCCUUGUUUCUUUAACAGUUACAGCGUAAGCAAAUCACCAAAAAAAUUCAGCUCACCUAAGAAAGUUCUUACAUCGCCAAGGAAACCUCCACUUUCACCAAGAGUGGCAAAGCGUGGACUUCCCCCCAGAACUUUGGCAAAUUAUUUUAAGGUGUCUUCCAAACAAAGUAAUGAUGAAGGGACGAAACCCCAGAAGAGUAUUAAAGAAACGAUUUCUUCUGAAGAAAAACAAAGCGUUCACACAAAAUCAACAAACAUCUCCAGCUCAAAUGUCAAGGGAUUAGGAGUAGAAGAAUCCAACCGGAAAAAUGCAACAUCUCUUAUUCUUUUUGAGGAGGUCGAUGUGGUAUUUGAUGAAGAUGCUGGAUUUCUAAAUGCAAUCAAGACAUUCAUGGCAACAACCAAGAGGCCUGUGAUUCUUACUACAAGUGAUCCAACAUUCAGUUUAACAUUUGAUGGAUGUUUUGAGGAAAUCAACUUUAAAACUCCCUCCAUGCUUAAUGUUGCCAGCUAUCUGCAGACACUCUGUUUGGCUGAAAAUUUAAGAACUGACGUAAAAGACUUUCUCACCUUGCUGACCUUUAAUAAUUGUGAUAUCCGAAGAAGCAUUCUCUACUUACAAUUCUGGGUUAGAAGUGGAGGUGGAUUCUUAAAAGAAAAACCAUUAUCACUUCAUGGAGAGAGUAACGGGAGCACCGAGCUUUUCUGCACUCAAGAUGAUGCUCACCCUAAAAACCAUCCCCACACUCAGGAGGAUCCUGCCAACCUUCCAAAGUGCGACACUGGCUGUGCGGAGAGCCUGCUUGGCAUGAAGAACAUAGUCCUUCCAUCUGAAGAUUUGUUUUCUUUUAUAAAGCAUAAGAUCAUAACCCAGGAAGAAUGGCAUGAACUCAUUCAGCUCCUCACCGAAUUCCAAAGGCAGAAUAUCGAUUUCUUGUAUAGUAAUCUGGAAUUCAUUCUGCCAUUGCCAGUUCACAUCAUCCCAGAAUCAAAAGACCUUUGUAGUUUGCCUGUAAUUUCAUGUGCCCCCCCCAGCAAGGAAGAAUGAAAACACUGACCACCCUGAAGAAGGCAGUUCUUUGGGAAAAGCCAAGAAGUCGCGGCGUCAGAAGAAGAUGGUCAUAUUGGAUGACAGUGACUUGUUUGACAUGGGUUUGACUUAUUCUGAUGAAGAUGCCAGCUUGCUACCAGCCAUCCCACCCUUUGAGCUCAGAAGAGAGUUCCUCUGCCCCCAGCCCGAGCGCGAAAGGGAAGAAGAAACCCUUGGAAUCUAACAUAACUUUGGUUUCUCCUCCUCAAGCUCUCAAACACCAGAAAUGCCACUGUGCGUGCUUCUCACUGUUUAAAUUCACUGACUGAACUUAUGGAUAACAUGUCUUUCUAGAUUCCCUUUUGCCUAAUCUAAGGGAACAAAAAAGAAUUUGGUAAAAAUGAGACUUUAACUGGACAAACGGCAGAAUCAAAAAUGGCCUCUGUGAUGAGUUUAGUCAAGAACUCAUGACAGCUGGACUAGCCGCGGCUGGAAGAGCUGAAGGCCUUUGUGGAAGCGCUUAGUUUUACCAAGUGCUCUGCCGCUAUUUCAAAAGUUUUGGAAACCUCUUUGAACCCUUCCGAGAAGUUAGGAAAAGAUCCAACCAGGGACCUUACUUUGUACAUUUCGGAACAAAGAAAUAGUGUGUACUUCAGUCAGUCUGCCGCAGAUGUGGACAAAGCACAGAAGAGAUUGGCAGUCGUAAAAGCUGUGUUUUCUGGUAAAUCUCUUCCAAAUCUGGGGAGCAGCAGGCAGGCCAGCCUCGCCGAAUACUUACCGACCCUCCGCAGCAUCUGUAGGACAGAGAAGUUAAAGAACGAGAAAAGGAAUAAGAGAAGGUUCCUGCACUAUUUUGAAGGAAUUCAUCUUGACAUAUCCAAAGACACUGUGAAGAGUUUGGCAACUGAGUUUCCCCUAGUUUUCCAUGCUAAUGGUGCCAUGUACAGUAAAGAAACUUAUUACAUUUUGAUUUUUCAUUGAUUUUCUUGUGUCAUUAAAUUUCUUCUUGAUGUACAGUAAAAAAUAGACUUUGUAUAUUUUAUAUUUGUGUGCAAGUAUUUAAAAUAACAAAAAGCCUGGGUUACAAACUGUAUAUUUGGUUGUGCUAGCUCUUUAGGCCAAUGUUUUGUACUUUUCUCUUGUCUGAUUUACCUUUUUUUUCCCCCAAACUUUGUUUUUCUGUGGAUGAGUGAGUUGUGUCUUCUGGAGUGUAGAUUUAAUUGAAAAUGUGUCCAGAGAUUGUUUUGUGUUCCAUGUUAUUCUCAUAAAUUUUCUCCUUCACUGCCACCCUGUUCCACUGACAGGACUUUUAAUUUAAUAAUGAAUUUUAGUAGUAGGAAAAUUUCUUCCAAAAUAGAUUUUGCAAAAUCCAUCGCCAGGUUGUUUGGUUUUGUUGUCGAAAACCUAUGUUGCUAAUUUAAAACUUUUGGAACCACUUGUGAUGUACUUUGAAAAGAACUUAAUUUCAAGAGUCAAGGAAAAAUGACUUUAGUUUAAAAUGGAAGUUUUCCUAUUGCAUUGAUAUUUAGCAUAUUCUACCUGGAUUAUCUAGACAGUGGAGUUUUAUAAAUAUUUUUCUGCUAUCAUCUUAUAUGUUGCUUUAUUUUGUUAACCUACCAAUUGCUUUGUAUAUUUUUCUACCUUUUUCUACCUUUGAUGUGUUAUAUUUCAUAAAGAUUUUAACAAAAUUUCAUAUGACUGAACAUUUUGUCUUUUUCAAGAUGAACUAAAUUUGGUCGUAUUUGGAUGAAUUACUCUUGAUCAGUCUUUCUGUAUCUCGAGGUGACUGAAUUCUUAUAUUUUUCCAAAUAACUGUGAAAGUAUUUCUUUUUAAGAUUUUGCUUUCUGAUUAAAGAAGGAAAAUGUAACU